AUGCCAGGUGAGGAAGCUUUAGCCAUCCACGGGCCAACGGAUAGAGAAUUCGGAAUGCUCAAGAGCCUCAAGAAUGGCGACUACGAGUUCUUGGGCUCCGGCCGCUGCAUCCGCUUCCAAAGUAGUUCUGGUCGUCUCAAUGUCGUGGACGAAGACACUCGGCUCAUGGCUCUCUGCGAGUCCGAGAAAGGAACACGGCAGAUCAGGCCAGAUGCUGGCAGGGAGACGGCUCAAAUUGUUUUGCUCGUCGUUGUUUGCAGGACAAUUUGGACAUUUGAGGACUACUUACUACUCCAACUUACUACAUGUCUCACGGGCUGCGACACCAUGACCUCAACCUUCAAGGUCCUGGAAAUGCUGUCUUCUUAG